UUCCUGGCAAGGGGAAGCCUGAGGAGGAGGCUCUGCUGAGUGUGUUUAUAAAUACACCUUGUAAAAUCUUCUCUCGCUUACUAACAGACUAUGGUGAGAGGUGUGUGUCAGAGCUGUAGUCUGUGAUUUUUCCCAUUAUCCUUACUGGAAGGACUAGACAGGGAAUUGCUGUGACUAGAGUUUAUGUUUUCAUUGAUUCUUGGUAGAGAGGCCUGACGCAACAGCCAGACCAGCAGACAAGAUGGCAGAGAUGCAGAUAGAUCCAGACCUGGCCAAGAGACUGUUUUUUGAAGGUGCCACAGUUGUCAUUUUGAAUAUGCCUGAGGGGACAGAGUUUGGCAUUGAUUACAACACUUGGCAUGUGGGCCCCAGGUUCCGUGGAGUCAAGAUGAUUCCUCCAGGCAUCCAUUUCUUCCACUAUAGCUCUGUCAACCGGUGCAACACUAAAGAAACAGGCCCCCGUACUGGCUUCUUCUUAAGCCUGCACCAGCGAGAUUUGCGGGUUCUGCACUGGAACUCAUCCAAUGAGGAGGUGGACCUCACCCCAGCAUCUGAAGAAGAUAUUGAAAUAAUGAGGUCAAAUCUUCAGGAGAUGGACAAGUUUCUUGGACCAUACCCAUAUGAGAGCCUCAAGAAAUGGAUCUCUCUCACUAACUUCAUCAGUGAACCAGUGAUGAAGAAGCUUCAGCCAGAGAGUGGACAGAUCUGUGCCUUUUCAGAAGUUCUGCCAGUUCUAGCUGGGAAGCACACCAAAGACCGAGCUGAACAGAACCUGCCCCGAUAUGACACAGAAUGUAAGAGCUAUGCAGAAGGCCUGGCCCGACUGCCCAAAAUGAAGCUGAAAGCUGGCACUGAGAUCCGGUUCACAGAAAUGCCAAAGCAGAUGUACCCUGAUGGUGCUACUCCUGAGGAAAUAACUAGGCAUAGCAUGGACCUUAGCUAUGCUCUGGAAACAGUGAUUAACAAGCAGUGUUCCAGCCAACCCCAAGAUGUGCUUGCCGAGCUGCAGUUUGCUUUCAUCUGUUUCCUGAUUGGGAAUGUGUAUGAUGCAUUUGAGCAUUGGAAAAAACUUCUGAAUGUCUUGUGCAGAUCAGAGAAUGCCAUAGGGAAGCAUCGUGUCCUCUACACCAACCUCAUUUCUGUCCUGUACCACCAGCUCAAUGAAAUCCCAGCUGAUUUCUUUGUAGACAUAGUCUCCCAGGACAACUUUUUAACCAGCACCUUGCAGGUAAGCUACCAGCUAUGCAUGUUAUUUAGGAAGCAGCCAUAUGAGAAUUCUCAUGGGAAAUGAGUGAGCAUGCAAAGCCCAACUCAGCCAAAUUCAGAGACAGGUCUGUGGGGAACAGAACCAUGUGUAAGAUACCCUCCUCCCUGAGCCUUAGCCUCUGUUGCGGAAGCUAGAGAACUGAUGCCAUUACGUGAGAAAUCUUGGGUACAGGUCAUUGUACUCCUAAUGGAACAAAAGAAAAAUGCAUUUGGCUAGACGACAGGAGAACACCAGGAAGUAAUACACAAUGAACUCACCUCUUACCACAAAUGCUUGGGUGAAACACAUAG